UUUCAAACAUCGCAUUGUUUUGCUUCCCAGUCUAACAGCGGCAAACCGCCAUCUUCAGGUUUUUACUGCGAAUCCGGCACACACCUUCCGCCCUCUCACACCAACAUCUCAUAGACCAACAUCAAAAAGGGCACUUUCUCACAGCGCAGCAAAGAUGAGCGCUCUCGAGGAGGACGGCUCAAGCAUCUCUGCCCAGAUAGCUAUCGAGGCCAAGCUCGCAGACGGAAAGAAGCAAAGAGGCGGCGGUCGAGGCGGCAGAGGAGGAGGCGGCCAGAGCAGAGAAGUGCUGGUGUCAAAGGCGCUGUCGAGGCUGUUGAGGCAUCAGGCUGCAAAUGCCGGCAUCCAGCUUGACGCGGAGGGAUUCGCAGCACUUGACGAAGUGCUGAAAUGGGGUCCCAUCCGGUCUCUCAACGUCACCCUUGCCGAAAUCAAGCAAGUCGUUGCCUCAAACGAAAAGCAGCGCUUCACCAUGAAGUUAAACUCAUCAAUCACCGUCGAACCUGCUCCAUCAGAUGACAGCACGGCUCCAUCUCACUACCUCAUCCGCGCCAACCAAGGCCACUCCAUCAAGAUUGAAUCCGCCGCCCUCCUUGAGCCCAUCACCUUCGAGGCCGGCAACGUGCCGUCAAGGGUUCUCCACGGGACCUACUUUGCUUUUUGGCCUGCCAUUGAAGAGUCUGGAGGGCUAAAGGUCAUGGGAAGAAAUCACAUCCACUGCUCCACGGGAACGCCAGAAGAGGGCGUCACGAGCGGCAUGAGGAAGGAUGCAGAGCUGGUGAUUGAAAUUGACGUGGAGAAGAGUUUGCAGGAUGGCAUUCAGUGGUGGAAGAGCGACAAUGGAGUUUUGCUGACCGAAGGCGGAGAAGGCGGCAUCUUGAGCACGAGCUACUUCAAGAAGGUCACGGGGCGGAAUAUUGAUGUUGGUGUGCUUUGGGAGGACGGGGAGAGAUUAUCAGGCCUUCCCGAGGGGAUCAAGGGAAAAGUUCCGUCGGGCAAGGGGCCUAGAGGGGGUGGUAAGAGGGGAGGA